ACUGAGUUUGUCUCGGAGCUGUAGUCGUUCACUUCACCAGUCUAGCACACGUUUGCCGUCAGAGGAGCACCGGAGGAUUUGCUCUUGUUUUGUUCAAGAAAGCUGCUCCUUUUUUUUCUUUUCUUUUUCUUUUUCUUGCUUUUGAGGAAUAAAAGCGCGAGCACUUCUCUGUGCCGUUUUGUUGCGAUCGAUAUGAAGAAUCAAGAAAUAAAACGUCCAAAGUGGCCGAAGGACUGAAUAGGAUUGCUUCCUGCUCUCACUCCACAACUCACAAGAAGCAGAGCUGCGAUGGCCAAGUGGCUGAAAGACUACCUGAGCUUCGGCAGCAGGAAGGUGCCUCCUCAGCCGCCCACGCCUGACUACACAGAGAGCGAGAUUCUUAAAGCAUACCGCCUCCAGAGGGACCUUGACUUUGAGGAUCCGUACGAGGAAUCUGAAAACAGAUCCAGAGGCGAGUCUGGGACUUCUGACCCUGCUACACCUGUGUAUGGGUCUCCAAUGAAGACAUCCACUGUGGAUAUGAAAUCUCCCAAACACAGACUGAUCAAAGUGGAUUCACAGGAGCUGGGGCGCACCAAGAUCCUCCUCAGUGCCAUCUCUUUAGAGGACCAGCAAGAGCCUGUGGUGCCAUCAGCCCCACUGGCAGGAGACACAGAUUACUCUGACCCGUUUGAUGCUCGCUUAGACCACAGGCCAGAACCAGAUUACGGACCUGCUCCCUGCGAGAACAAUGGCUACAUGGAACCAUACGAGGCCCAGAGGGUCAUAACAGAGCUGCAGCGAGGACCAGGAGGAGGGCGAUCCCGGGGCGGGAUGCAGCUCUACGACACACCUUAUGAAGACGAGCGAGGCCAGCGCCCUGGUUUUCUGUACGGGGAACCUCAGGAGGAGGGUAAGGAGAGCAGCAGGCUGCCGCAAGAUGAUGAGCGACCAGCUGAUGAGUACGACCAACCCUGGGAAUGGAAAAAGGACAACAUCUCCAAAGCUUUUGCAGAGAUGAGGGAGUUGUCGGAGUUGCCCUGGCCUGCCCCGGUGGGUCAGAUGGAGGAGGAGCAUCCCGUCAGAGAGCAAGUGCAGUUUGACGGCGCUGAAUGGGACCGCUCCUCGUCGCCCACAGACAGGUUGCGUCCUCCGGGGCCCAGAUCCAGCCCACUGGCAGGAGGGGGGAUGAAGUUUCGAAUGCCGCAGGAAGGCCUGUCCACGGUUGGGGAGAGAGUGGACCCAACUCUGCCUCUGGAGAAGCAGGUAUGGUACCACGGUUCACUAUCACGUUCAGAAGCAGAGUCGCUGUUAACGCUGUGUAAAGAGUGCAGCUACCUGGUGAGGAACAGUCAGACCAACCGCUCUGACUACUCCUUGUCCCUGCGGAGCUGCCAGGGUUUCAUGCACAUGAAGUUCACGAAAUGCAAAGACGGAAAGUACGUGCUCGGGCAGAACAGUCUUCCGUUUGACACCAUAUCAGAGGUCAUCCACUUCUACACCACGCACAAACUCCCGAUCCGAGGAGCCGAGCACCUGUCUCUGCUGUUCCCUGUGCUCGUGCAGACACUCUGACUGACCCUGAACCUCCUCCUUGAACUCCAGGGUUUUAUUGUGAUCGGACACUUGAAUGUUUUUUUUUUUUUAGCUCUCCCGAGCUGAGAAAAGGUUCUCUGCUCUCUUUUUGGACUGGACUACUUUUGAUGACUCAAAUGCCCUCAUCCAUCACUGCUGUUGUACCUGUGCCAAAAGUCUCUAACAUCCGGGGGAUUGAUUUGCAUGAAUUGCAAUACCUGAACUUUAGGCUACCCCUCUCUCAUCUUCUCACUGAGCAGAUAUGGGCAGACUUUAGGGCAUCGGAAAUUUUUCCUUUUUCAAAUGUAUUUCUGACUGAAACGCAGAGGACGCUAGCAGAGCUGUACCUGAGAGAGGGUAUGUAAAUUGUGAAUGUACCGUUGCCCCAGUUUACAGAAGACCUACAGAAGAUUGAGAUAGAAUUACUGCUGUUUCCACAAAAACACCUCACUCACACUUGUUAAUAUAUUGCUGUUGUCAGGUGAAAACCUUGCUUGUCAUAUUUGCAGAAUUUUCAAGUUUAUACUCUAAUCAAUAAAUUGAAUUGCUGUGUAUAAGACGAGAAACGUUUCAUCCACAAACCUUUUUGUAAUUUCGGGGGGGAAAAAAAAUCUGAAUUUCCAAUCAAAAAAUGUGAAUCUAUUUUGUAAUGUAGGUAGAUGUAAUGUUUUUAACAACAGCACUUAUAUUUCAGAUGCUUUUCUACAUGAAGCCACAGCUGUUCGUUUACAUCUAGUCUGCUCUUCACCGUCAUGCUGCUGUACAUUCACACCAAUGACUGUAUAUGAUUAUGGACAGCGUGUCUUCUCUUCCCAUUGUUCAAAAGUGAGGCCAAAAUUCCCUCGCAAUUUAUGUUAGACCCUACCACGGCUUGAUGUCCCAUCCUUUCUGCUAACUUAAACACAAAUUUAACUUACCGGUAAAACAUCAAAGAUCCCUCAACUCAGAAAAGAACAAAGUAGAAACGCUGUGUUAUAGAAAGUUUAACGACUCUUGUGCGCAAGUUCAUUACAUUUCCUCUCAGCGUUCCUCCGCUGCAUCCAGUGCAAAGCUGACAAUUAUGAUGUUUUACCCCUUUUUAUAGCAUCAUAUAACAAAUUUGUUCUAAAAUUUUCAGAAAAGUGCACACUGGCUAAAAUCAGCUCGAUAUGAACUAACUUUAAAGACAGAAUCCAGGUUUGAAAAAAUAUUGUUUAACUUAUUUUUGAUUUUUUUUCUAAUUUGACCCAUUUCUUAUUUGUUAACAUGGAAGAGGCAGAGUGUAUGACCUACCUUGAAGCCAGUCAGUAGGGGGAGCUCCAAAUAUUUUGGCUUCAAUUUUGGGAGCUGUAAUGUCGUCCAUAUUUGUAUGCAGUCUAAGGUUGACACAUCUCUGUGUUACAUGUUGAUUGUUAAUGGUAAGCAAACGAGAAGCUGUGUUGUAUCAGUACCUGUGUUGACCUUGCUGACCUGUAUCUCUUGUUGGUUUCUUACUUUGCAUUAGGUAGACAUUGCUUUGGUUGAUAAAAGCAGCCUGUCAAUGCUAACAUUGUCUUUUCUAAAUAGUGAAUUUUCAACAACAAAAACCUCACUAAUUUUGGCCACAUUCUCAGACUUUCUACUUAUUUUGAGCUGGCAAAUUCAUCCAGUGACUGUUGGUAUGAGUUAAAUGUUUGCCAUUUUGGAUCAGUUUCCUUGUCUGCUGGAAAAAUCAGUUUAGAGCCAAAACACUUGAAACCAUUGAAAAUGACAAAUUUGUUAUGAAUCAUGAUUAUUUAAGUCAUUGUUCCUUAAUACAAAUGUCUAUAUUGAAGGGUUGAUUGAUUGUUCCUAUAUUAGAUAUUUUCUGCCACAAGUAAAAUGUGAAUUAAUUUACCUCCUGUGUUGAAGCAUGUCAUCUAAAUUCCAAGUGUUUCUUUAACGUGAUGAUUCUUCAUAUAGAUCUUGAAGUUGAACAGUGGUUCCCAACCUGGGGGGAAUUGAAUUAUGUUUUUUUAAAUAACCUUUGUUUAUUUACCAUUAAAUCAGCUUGUAGACAUGCAACCUUUGUACAAAAAGGUCACAUUAGGUAGCCUACAGUACUUUUGAUA